GGGCAUGGGCUCUCGAGGUGGGGCCCCCCUCGGCGGAGCUUGCGAGGGGCAUGGCCCGCGCCAGCAUCGGCGGCAAUGGCGGCUCCGCCCUGCGGGUGGCUCCCCUGGCGGGGCUGGGGUUUGUAGCAGCCGCCGUGGCGCUGCUUGCGCUGUACACGCUCGCCCACCUGCACGCGGACGAGGACAUGGGCGGCCUCAAGGCGGAGCUCUUCCAGCUCCGGCGGGACCUCGCGAUCGUGAGAGAGGAGACGUCCGUGCGCUCAAGGGCGAGGCCAGGACGCCCAGCGACCGCUCCCCCGCGCGGGCGCCCGCCGCGGCCGCCCCCUCGGCCCUGGCGGCGGGCGGGCGCGGCCAGGAUGGCCCUCCUCGGCAGCCGCGGUGCCGCCAACAGUCCGUGCGCCCAGCCCCAGAGCGGACCCGCGGGUCACCGCGGCGGGCGCCGUCGCGGACGCCCGCGACACGAGAACCGAGGAGAGGACGACGAGGUGGUCAGGGACUGCUACAUCUUCACCCUGUGGGACUACCCGAAAGGGGCACCAGCUUUCGCUACCACGAAUCUGGAGGCGUGGGACCGGCACGCCAGGGGCCUGUGCAGCGGGGGGAUCGUGCUGCUGAACGACAGCAACAUCCCGCGGUGGAUCCCAGACAUGCCGAAGGAAUACUACCGGCUGGAAUACCGUGCCGCGCAGUCGGACGCGGUCCGAUAUUCUGCGAUAUUUCACAAUGGCGGCAUGUACAUAGAUGCCGAUUUCAUUGUCACGCAGGACUUGGGGGACAUAAUUACUAGAGUAAGCACGUACGAUCUGAUUUCCUACACGACUGGGGGACAGCAGUGCAAGCCCGCUGGCACAUUUAGUUCAAACUUCAUGGCAGGCAAGAAGGGAAGUCUCCUGCAUAAAGCCGUCUGGGAUGCGCAGAAGGCUGCAUUGACGAACCAUUGCCAGCCGAGCGAGAUGAAGCUUGAGAAGGUAUGCUGCUUGGACGACCCAGGCGUAUUGUGUCAUAUACCUUGGACUCAGCUCGGGGAGGGGAUCUCACAUCGAGUCCUUGGCGACCUCUUCAAGAAGAAGUCCAAUAGAGAGGGCCUCAAGGUGUUUUGCUUCGGUGGUGAUGAGUCGCUAGCCCCCGCGGACAUCGAGACGGUGCUGUCAAAGAAGCCUAUGCUGGAUGAGGCCCUAGCACACUUUGAGAGCAAAAAUAUUCGGAACCCGCUUGGCCGAAUAGCUUACCACUUGUACAGCUCCAGCGCGACGAUGAGUGGUGGCAGUAUGAAGAGCCUGAAGCGGGCGCAGUUGUUCGAUGAGCGCCUCUUCCUGGGGAAGCUCUACAGCCUGAGCUUCCAAAACUCAGGUCCCGGCCCCAUGUCGCAGCAGCUCUUCGACGCGGAGGGCCCGUCCGCCGGCGACCUGUCCGGGCGCGCGCUGCAGGCCCUGAAGGUCGCCGUGCCGCCCGAGUGCGGCGUGGGGACUGGCCUUGGCUCGGCGAGGCCCUGGGCCUGCGCCGGGGUGGUUGCCGCAGCCCGGAAGAAUUUCGCGUGGCGCCGAGCUCGAGCUCUCGCACGGCUCCGCCACGGUGGCGCUGCUGCCCUCGCAGCUCGCGAGCAGGGGGUCCCGCGGCACGGUGGUGCGGAUCGACGCCGGGGGCCGCGAGUGGGAGGCGCUGGACCAGCUGUCCGACGCCGACCUGCAGAGGGUGGACGUCCUUUCGCUGACGGCGUACCUCUGCGACGGCCUCCCCGCGGGGGCGGACCUGCUCGCUGCCGCGCAGCGGCGCGUCGCGACCCUGGAGAGGCUCUCCCGGCUGCUCGCCGUGGUGGACGCGACGGGCCCCUCCGGGGAGCCCCUGCGGGGCCGCCCGGGCAGCCAGUUCUGCGGCGCCGGCGGGCGGGGGCGGUCGCGGGAGCCGUUCCCCGCGGCGGUGGGCGUCAGCUACGUGAGCCCGCGUGCCCUGGCGAGCUGGCGCGCCCGCGAGUUCGAGUACGCCGACCGCCUGGAGAAUGCCACACGCCCCUCGCUGGGGCUCGACGACUGCGACGGCUUCGACAGCGGCGCGUCCGACGGCGCCGGUGCCCUGUACGUCUGGUGCCGGGGCGCCAGCGAGGAGCCGCACACCGGCACGGGCGCCAAGAUAGAUUCACAUCUUGUCGCUUCGCGGCCUUGGCCGCGGGGCCGCGGAGCUCUUCUUCGCCACGGGACGGCGCGAGGGGGCGAAGAUAAUUACGCUUCGCGAUGCGCGAGGCGCGAAGUUGGGUGACCUACGAAGGCACCUCUCCUCUCGUGGACGAGGCGUUCCAGUCCAGUCGAUUGCUCGGUCCUUCCACCGCCCCGUUGCCUCGUUGCGAGGCGUCUCGACCUGUCUCGGUGUCCGUGGGUCUUAGUAGCUACCCCUGCAGCCAUUUCCAAACGGCGCCUGAGCGA